AUGGCUGCAGCAGCUGCUCUGGAAAGAAAAGGCACAGUCCUGCACAGAAAAGUGAACCCAAAGCUGCUGGAGCAAGCCAACAGCACCGCUGCUUCUCACCCCCCAUCAGUUCCCAAAUGGAAAAGCAGGGGAGCGAAGUGCACAGAAAACACAGCCGCACAGAGGAGAGGCAGAAGAACGCAAGCGUCCCGCACGCCUGCCCUGCGCGCCGGCCGUCGGACCGCGGCAGCCCCCGGAGCCCCCCGGUUACGUCUCUGCCAAGCCUCUCUGGUUCAGCAACACAUCCGGCACCUCUUGUCCUGGAUCCUAACAACACCUGCCUGGGAUUCCCGAGUGCCCACGACGGUACCCGAUGGAUGUUCUGUACAGGCUAAACCUGCUCGGUGCAGCUCCGGGUACAGAUCGGGGAGCGCACCGCGCAGGAGGAGAGCACGCAAGGGAACGCAGUCGCUGAUGCACCUCAAGCAGUCACUGCACACUAACGGGAGUCAUUUCCCGGACUGCCUCUGCCGCAGCUGCAGCAGGAGGAAGCCAACUGCCGGAGGAGAGUCCCCACACCCCCUCACCAGGAACUCAGCCUCCUGGGAGUCCCCAGACCGCACCGCCUGGCACCAGCCCCUCACGGGGGCGGCCACCUCACACAUAGCCCCUCGCCGCGGUGCCCACAGCUCUGCCUCGCUCCCCUCGCAGCCCCCUCAGGAGAGCCACCCGCACGCCCUGCCGCCGCUCCCGCCCGCACUCACCGCACACGAGGCCGCGGCGCUGCUGCCGCCCGCACUCACCGCACACGGGGCCGCGGCGCCGCUCCUCCCGCAGCGCUCCCGCCCGCACUCACCGCACACGGGGCCGCGGCGCCGCUCCUCCCGCGCCGCUCCCGCCCGCACUCACCGCACACGGGGCCGCGGCGCCGCUCCUCCCGCGCCGCUCCCGCCCGCACUCACCGCACACGGGGCCGCGGCGCCGCUCCUCCCGCGCCGCUCCCGCCCGCACUCACCGCACACGGGGCCGCGGCGCCGCUCCUCCCGCGCCGCUCCCGCCCGCACUCACCGCACACGGGGCCGCGGCGCCGCACGGACGUGGCAGGGGGCGGGGCCGGACGCCCUGAGCGCACACCGAGCGCAGCCAAUCACCGCCCUCCGGCCCCGCCCCGGCCCGGUGACCUCCCGAAGCGGUCCCGCUGCCGAGCGCCGAUUGGAUGACGCUCAGCGUGGCCGCGCCCCCGCCUCCAGGGAGGCCCCGCCCCCUGUGACGCAGCGCUUGGAGCCGGGGCAGGAUGGGGCCGGAUGGGGCCGGACCGUGCGCGGCGCUCAGCGGCUGGCGCUCGGCGGACGGCGCUCGGCGGACGGCGCUCGGCGGACGGAAUGA